UAACAAAUGACAUGCCCAUCAGCUCAGCAGCACAUUUCAUUCAUAAUCUUCAUAAAUCUCUCAGUUCCCGUUCUAUGCAUUUCUUUUUUCAAUAGUAAUUAUCACUUAAUUUUUCAGAAAGGACUGGUAAUGACCGGGUUGCCAGGGUCAUCUUUUUUUUUUUUUUAUCACAAAUUGACCUUAAAAAAAAAAAAAAAUUCAUCAAAAGAUUGCUUUAUAAUUAGAAACAUGACACAUUACACGAAACAUACUGUACACUUCCACAAGCUGAACCAAAGUAUCGGAGCAGUAAAUGUGUAUUAUUGAUGCAUAGAAAACUUUCUGUGCACCACAGUGACUUUUUAUUAUUAUUUUUUGUUUGUUUUCCCCCGUGCAAAGUCUGAGAAACUAUUUUGUUCUUUCCAAUAGUUUCAUUGUUUGGCCUCACUUCAGGUGUUUUGUGUUCUUUUAGAAAAAUAGAAAUGUUGGGCUACUUAAUAAGUUUAGCUAAAUACUGGUUAUUAAAAUUAGUCCUUAGCUGAACCAUCUACCAUCCUUUUUGUUUUAUAAAUUUUAUUUUGUUUGAAAAGUGAAACAUAUGCAGAUAAUAGAGUUCAGAGGAAGCACACAUGAACAUGCUUUGGUUUCCUCCCACUGUACAGAAACACACAGACAGAUUGGCCAAUCAACAUUCCUUCUUAAGAAUGAGUAUGUGAAGGUUUCUUGCAAUAUCUAGGGUUAAUUCUCUGAUUAGGAUCAAGUGAUGUCAUAUGAAUCACCACAGAACAUAAAAGCCAGUGACGGCAGCAUUACUUCUGCUUCUACACUGUAAUUUAGAAGUGUAGGCAAAUAAAUUUUCCAAAAAAUAAAUCUUGUACAAAAACACUGCAUCAUUUUAGCAGCAGUUCUUGCAAAAUGACAAUUUUGUGCAAACAGUUAAUGAAGUUAUUCGUUUAUGUCUAAUGUUUGUGUGUGUGCAUGCAAGAGUGUGUCCGAUCUUUAGUUAGCGAGUUUGGGUCCUGAAAGAUAAAUUGGGGCAAAAAUAUGGAUAAUAAUGUGUAGGAAUGAUUAAUCUGUGCUUGUUCGGAGUUGCUUCAAUCAAAGCGAUUCUUCUCGGUCGCCAAAGUUUUUCAGAUCCUUGUGCUUGCCCAUUUUUCCUGCUUCCAACACCUCAACUUUGAGAACUGAACUUACAUGAUGUCUACUUCUUGCCAGGUGAAAAUAUAACAAGGUAGUAAUCAGUGUUUUUGUCUUCACCGGUCAGUGGUUUUAAUCUUUUUGCUGAUUCGUGUAUAUUAUGUUUUUUGAUACUAACAAAUUAUAUUGAGAUUUAUUCGGAAAGUAAUGCAUUUCUUAAGGGUACAACAGGCUUUUAGGUGUACUGGAUGAAUCCCAGUUGACUCAAACUUAUCGGUAGUGCACUUCAUAUCCAGCAGAGGGUUUAUUUGGGACUCAGAGCACAAUGAAGUCCUGAUUACGCACAGUCCCGUUACUUAUUCUACACACACACACACACACACACACAGCAGAGGAUGAGGCGAAGGGAAGGGAAACAUGUCCAUGACUUCUGUUCGGAUUAUAACGCUUUCAGUGUAAAAAACAUGGUUUUACUUCUGGCCUGGUGGAUUUCAGUUAUAACUUUUAUAGCUGUGCCAUGGUGUGAAGCGGUGCAGGUACAGAUCCGGGACAAUGAACGAUUCGCCAUGCUUUUCCAGUCAGUGGUUUUGCCGUGUCAGUACACGAGCACCUCUACCCAUACACCGGUGGUGCAGUGGUGGUUCAAGUCAUUUUGUCGUGACCGCACACGUGAUUCGUUCAGCUUUCCAGUUUCUCUGGGAGUCAGGGGGUCUGAACUGGGGCCCACAUCCCAUCUGGACUGCAGUGACAGCAGCCGGACAGUUCGGGCUGUGGCCUCUGGACAGGGAUCCUCUCUCACCAUUGCUGAAUACUACAAAGACAGAGACAUCUCCAUUAUUAACAAGGCUGACCUGCGGAUCGGAGAGUUGCACUGGGGUGACAGUGGUGUUUAUUACUGCAAGGUGGUGAUUGCCGAUGAUUUAGAGGGCCCGAAUGAAGCUUAUGUGGAACUCCUUGUUCUGGGUCAGACAGGUGUGGCUGACGAUCUCCUGCCUGAGAUAGAUCUGGAGAUUAUGCCAGAGUGGGUGUUUGUAGGAGCUGUAGUUCUGGGUAGUAUCCUGUUCUUUGUCCUGGCGGGUGUGUGCUGGUGUCAAUGUUGUCCUCAUUCCUGCUGCUGCUACGUGCAAUGCUGUUGCUGCCCCGAAACCUGCUGUUGUCCUCGUCACUUGUAUGAAGCAGGAAAAGGAAUAAAGACAUCACCUUCCACGCCAGUAGCAAUCUACCCUCCGUACUACAUGCAAGGCAUGCCCGCAAUGGUGCCUAUCCCUCCUCCUUCACUAAUAGAACCCAAGGUGUCUGCUGCGCCAUCCAUCGAUAGUAAUAUCCCUUCACCUCAGCAGUCUUUGGUGCACAGUGGGUAUCGUCUGCAGCCCACACCUGAUCAGAAUUCACUGAAGGUGCUGCAGUAUGUGGAAAGAGAACUGGUGAAUUUCAACCCGUCCAAGUCCCACAGCAGUCAUGAUUCUUGCAGUAUGUCAGAACUGAGCUCUUUACAUGAAGCAGAAACCGACUUCCACCAGGCUUAUCGGAAGGUUCAGAAGAAAGCACUACCAUCCAUUCCUGAUAUGGACGACCUUCCAGCUGUACUGAGCAGAGAUAGAAACAUGUCGUCAGGGCAUACGCAAACGUCCGCUCGGCAUCCUCCUCAUCGAGCAAACGAAGAUCAUUUAAGGUGGAACCCACGUUCUGAGCACUUGCAGAGGAAGGCUUUUAAUAUGGGAGGACGCACUGGCUCGCUGGACGAACUUGAAGAAUUUGCUAUGGGCUAUGUGCAGCGACGCUGCCGCGACGACAUUAGCGACGACGAGGCCGAAUACAUGACAUGCGCAAAGCAAAGGCACUAUGAACAUGAACGAGAGUUGUGGAGAGAACGGGAGUUGGAGCGUGACCGUUAUCCAAAUUACAGCUCCAAACGUUAUUAUCCUAAAGAUGUCCAAGACAGACCCCGUCCUCACAGUCCUGCUCCUCUUUCGGGAAAUCCUAAACGACGAGGUACUGGGGACAGCAAUCUUCGGCGAGAUCACAACGCGUGGGAUUCGAGAAGGCAGGAAGAUGAGUGUGGGCAGGACUAUGACGAUGCCCUCCUUAAUAGGUUAUUGGAAUGCAAAGCAAAAGCUGGAAGGAGCUUGUCUUCGAAAGGUGGCCGGAAUGACGAGGAAUCAGACAGGCCUUCCAAGAAUAGCUCUCAAAAGAGCAACAACAGUCACUCACCCAGCAACCGAUCAGCUAGCAACCGGCCAACAGAAGAAGGCGAGUCGUUGCCUCCAUAUGUAGAAAGGGAAUCGGAACGUUUCCGAGGCUCUGUGAACUCCCACCAACCUUUAACCUCCACACGCUCCAGAAAAGAACAGGAAAAUAGAGAGGAACUGAGUAGGCCGCGUAAAGUGACAUUUUAUGAUGAACAGAAUGCACAAGUUGAUUCAGACCUAGGUUUUUUGGUCACGGUUCGUUUUGUACCUCGCUUCGACAACAGAAAAUAGCCUGUACACAGGUAAAAAGAACAGGAGAAGGAAUGUACUCGGAAGCAUGGGUUUGCUUCCGUUUCAGUUUUCCCCCCAAACCUUUAACACCGCUAACAUUUAAACAGUUAGAGAUAUGCCAAAAUAAAGAUUUGUGUGCCCGUGAGUACACUUUGAAUCAAAAAAACACCAACAAGCUGGAGUUGUUUUUUAUUACAAAAAAUUGAUUUCCUUCAUUCAAUUAAUUAAUGUAUAUGGAUCUAAGUUACAAACCAAGUAGUAAAAUGUUAAACAAUUACCGUUAAAUGCUAAUUCGGUACAUAAAAUCCCAAAAUGUUUGUGGCCAUUUAUUAUUUAUUAUGUCUGCCAUUGUUCAGACUGAAAAUUGUAUGAGCUCACUCUAUGCCUGAUCGUUUUGGCUUAAGGUCAGAUUGAGGUGAUAAGGCAGAAUAUGUCACUCGAAUAAAGUUAUACACUGUAUGGACAAAAAAGCUUUGGGACACCGGACUUUUCCAACCAUCUUUACCACAAAGUUGGAGCCCCAUAAUUGUAUAAAAUGUCUUUGGAUGCAAUAGCAUUACAUUUUCCCUUUACUUGAACUAGGAGACCCAAACCUGUUCCAGCAUGACAAUGACCCUGUGCAUUGAAGCUUCAUGAAGAUAUGGUUUACAUUGGUUGGAGUGGAGGAUCUCUUGCUAUUGAGCUUUGACCUCAAUCUUAUUGAACACCUUUGGGAUGAAUUGGAACACUGACUGCACCCCAGGCCUUCUCACUUCACCUACAUCAGUACCUGACUUUAUAAACACCCUUGUGGCUGAAUGAUCACAAAUCUCCACAAGCACACUCUAAAAUCUAGUAAACCAUCUUCCCAGAAGAGUGGAGCUUAUUAUAAGAGCAAAUGGGGGACUAAAGGUGGCAGGGCAUGUCCAAAAAAGCACAUACAAAUCUUAUAGUCAGGUGUCCACAAACUUUUGUCCAUAUUGUGUAUGUUUCGGUAUAUUUUUUAUUAACUUAAAAAGGCAGUGGCUGUUAAUUUCUAUGAAACAGAAAUAAAUAGUCAUUCUACAGUAUAAUUGUAUAGAAUAGUAUUAUUGUUGUAAGAGAAACCUUUAGAAAAUAUACUGUCCUGCCUUUCUCAAAUCAAAUGAAAUCAAAUUGAAUCCAUCAAAUGUAAUCUAAAGCAGACGUAUGAUUAUGAACCUGGAUUCGAGGCUAAUUGUGAUUAUUUUAGCCCUGUUUAAAUCCUAAAGCCAUUUUAUACUGAUUAGUUUAAUGCGUUUAAGUUGAACCCGAACCUGCUUUGCCUGUACACACUGUAAUAGCUUUGUAAUAUGCUUCACUGAGAUUAAUAUUUGCUUUCAUUGCUACAUACAGCACUAAUACAUAGGUCUGGUGUUUUUUAUUAUUAUUUUUUUUUAAUAGAAAAAGCACAGCUGUCUGUGAAUCCAUAAGCAUCCAAAGAAUUUUCCAAAACUGGGUUUAUUAAUAUCUGCUGUGUUGCACACAGAAGUAGGUUGAGAUGUCAGUCAUAUUCAUUACUAUUUCAGUGAUUGACAUUUAGUUAUGAACCCAAUUCACCUCAUUUGAGACGUUCAUUAUCAUCACUUAACAUCAUGUUAGGAGGCUAAAAUGUGGAACCUGUGUCCAGCAUACAUUUAUUUGCCAAUGUCACACUUCAUAAAGAGGUAAAUUGCAUCAGUCAUAUUGAAUAGCUUUUGAACAAUCUACAGUAUUUUUGAAGUAUUUGUUUUUUUCUUUAACCUAGAAAAACUCUACAAGCUUUAAAUUGUAUAUUUUGGUCGCUACCAAAGAACCUUUAGUUGUGCUUUUCUGUGUUUAUUUCUGAAUUUCUGUAUUUGUAGAGAUGUGUGAAAUAGUUCAUCAUCCAUCAUCCUACUCAAAAGCAGCUAAACACAGUCAAAAUUCCCUACAAACAGAAACACGACAAAUUAUCAAAUAAUAUGGUUGUUUUUACUGAUUAAAAAUAUACAUUAACUAGAUCAGGGGUUUUCAACCGGUGGUCCGGUUGCACCGGCGGCAUUGCAUGUGGUCCGUGACAGCCUACAUAAUUUCACUAUUAAAAUCACUUUUUUUUCAUAAUUUAUUUUUUCCAAACAUUUUCAGAAUAUUUGCACAUUAGUGGGAAAACUGAAUUUAAUGAAAAUAUCUAAAAUAUUUAAACUGACACAGGAUGGCUAGCUUUGCACCUGUCAGGCCUAUGCUUUGCUAACGUUGUGUUUUGCGUCAUAUAAGUACACAUACAUCUUGCGCGCGAAAUAGACCAGCAUCUCAGAGUUAAGAAAACACAUUAUUCAGGUUUUAUUGAAUAGACGCUUAAUAGUUUUGGUGAAUUGAAAUUUGGAGUGGAGCUGUUAGCUAACGUUUCUAACUAAGGUGAAGUUUGCUAGUCAGCACCAGCAUGGAUCGCUUUUUAGAAUAGUGGGCCGUGGAUUACUUGUUAGUCAGAAUGGUGGUCCCUGGCACAGAACCAGUUGAAAACCCCUGAACUAGAUCGUCAGAAACUAGAUAGAACUACAGUAGAAAAGGUUCAUCUUUGCUCCAUUAUAACUACUACUUUUACCACAUUUAGCAGACAACCUUAUUUAGACCGACUUACGUCUCGAUCAAUGAAUAAAUCAACACUUAGGAUACCAUCAGCCUAAAACACUAUUGGGAGGCAUUAUAGCACUUUUUUUUAACAAAGACAUAAAAUAACAAAGACAAUAAGUGCUAUUUAAAGUGUUUCAGGAAGAGGUAGGCCUUCACCCAUUGUUUGAAGAUAGGCAGUUCACUCAGCUUUUCGGACAUCUAGGGGAAGUUCAUUCCGCCACCUCGGUGACACAACAGAAAAGACUAUUACAAUCCUAACUGAAACUGUGUGUCAGUGGAGUUGUGCUGGUGGUGUUUUAAGAGCAGAUUUAAAAACAGUAAAAGACUCGGCCUGUCUAAUCUCAGUUGGGAGAGAAUUCUACAUCUUUGGUGCAUGUGAGGGAAAAAAGCCUGAUCACCCAUAGAGCGUAAACGGAUAGUUGGAACAACUAAAAGACCGAAAUCAGAGGAACAUGACACAUAUUAUGGCUGGAGAUUCCUGUAUAAUCUUAAAACAAGAGACACGUGAUUUUUUUUAAAACUUUUAAAGGAAACCUGAUUUUUAAAUGCCAUAAUACUAAAAAACAUGUGGGUAAAACAGUCAAAUUAAAUGUUAUAGGAGGCACUCUUAGGGAUCGUUGCAGGAUUUGCUUAUUCCUCUUGCCAUGAUUAAUUUACUUCCCUGAUUAGUUAUAUAUUUUUAGCUGCUUAACGUGUUACUUUUUUUUGUUGUAUAUACACAAAACAGGAUAAUAUAUUUUGAAAUAAAAAUUUCAAUAAUUGACUUACAACCCUUCACUUGCACUAUUGUCACAGUUUACUUAUACUAAUCAUUGCAUGAACACACAAAGCGUCAUUUACACUUUCUCUUUUUUCUCUUUCUCUUUUUUUUGUAACAGAACACACUCCUAAGCAGAGAUUCACUCAUAGUCUGACCAGCAAAGGCAGGUCUGACACACACUAGCUCUCCGUCCAGCAUCUGUACGCUUCCCAAGCUUCUGCCCACUGAUCUUCUCACUAUAUUUUCACGUGCUACUCGGCGCUCUUUUUCAUCCUGGAACGCUCAUCCUGGAAUGCUCUGAAGAUUAAAAGGAGGACACGUGUUUAUUGCAGAGACACCCAGACUGUGCUGGAGAAGCUCAAGUUAACAAAGAAGCUUUGCGUUCUUAAAUAAAAACACCUGUUCUGCACUUCAAGCGGGGAAGAAACUUAAAACUGGAAAGUUACAGUUGUUUGGCGGUGAGAUCGAAUGUCACUUUGCGAAAGUGUACUUUUAUUCUUCGAACACUUUUAAAGUAAAAGGUGUGGAUGCUUUGGUUCAAGCAGAUACAAAGAUAUAAGUAAAAGGAACUUAUAGGACAGUAUGUGUUUAUGUGUUUUUUCAGGUAGAACACAUACAGUCAUUGCAGGACCAUGAUAAAGCUGUGUGAGUAAUGAAAGCCCUACAGUGGCCAUAAGCAUAAGAGGCCUUAAUUGUGCACAGACAAGUCUUUGUGAUGACACACUCCAUGCUGCUUCAUGAGAUCAGACAGCGAAUGACGUUUUUUGUGGCGUCCUGAGAUUUGCAUCUCUCAUUUUCACAAUGACAUAAUGUGCCUACAACAAUUAUGUGCUACUGUAUAUGUGUACUUUUUCAUUUCUCAUAAUUUGCCUAUGUAUUUUUUAAUACAAAAUAUAUAGUUGAGAAACUUGACAGUUAAUAAUAUCAUUUUGUUUUUUUACCCUAUGACAUUUUUCCUAUUUAUGCCUGUAUCCACUAUAUGGACAAAAGUUUGUGGACACCUUAACAUAUGAUUUGUACAUACUUUUUAAACAUCCCAUUCCACAUAUAGUCUUUAUUUGGUGCUCUAAUAAUUUUCACUCUUCUGGAAAGUUGUUCCACAAGAUUUUGGAGUGUGCUUGUGGAGAUUUGUGCUCUUUCAGCUACAAGUGUGUUAGCAAAAUCAUAUACUGAGUUAGGUGAGGCGAGGUGAGGAGGCCUAGGCUGCUGACAUCAUUUUAAUUGACACAAAAGGUGUUCAAUAGGGUUAACGUCAGAGCUCUAUAGCAGGCCAUUUAAAAUCUUCCACUCAACUCAUGUAAAGCAUAUCUUCAUGGAUCUGGAUUUGUGCAGAGGGGCAUUAUCAUGCUGGAACAGGUUUGGAUCUCCCAGUUCAAUUGAAGGGAAAAUUUAAUGCUUCUGCUUUCAAAGAUUAUCUACAAUUGUGAGCCUUUACCUUUGUACUUACAGUUUAGGGAAGAGCCACAUACGGCUGGAAAAGUGUGUCCCAAUACUUUUGCCAUAUAGUGUAUUUGUACAUUUUUUUUUACUUUUAACAACUGUUAUUGUCAUACCCAUGUUUUAUGUUUAAUACUAAAUCUUAUCAUUAACUAUAACUAUCAGAGGAAUAUGCCAACUCUUUCGGAUCAACCCUCUGUAUGUUGCGUCCUAGAUGUGAAAAUAAUGCAUAUACCACAGACACAGGAACAAGAGCUAACACGUUAACCUGUACUGAGAAAAGACAUGAAAACUUGCUUGUUUGGGAACAACAUCCUAUCAAUGUAUAGUGUCAAAUCAGUAAUGUUGCAAAUGUGAAUAUAUUGUAUAGUAGCACAAAGAUGUACCUACAGCAUACUUUAUUACUGGCAGACACUGAACAAAGCCAGAAUACCCAAUAUGCAGUGUCUUGUAUACACAAACACAUGUCACUCUUAAGAAAAAUUUAGUGUACAAUCCACCUUUUAGCAUGUUUAAUAGUAGAAACCUGAAAAAAAAUGCAGAAAACUUACAGGUGUAACAUGUGAAACAUCACACAAACAGCGAACCCUGAUGAAUCAGAUAUGUGAAAGGAAAUCAUGUGUAUGUGUAAUACGACCUAAACUUGUUUUUGCUAUUGAUUGAAUUAACAUGCUAUUGAUUGAUUUACUGGUUAACAGACACAGUAUAUGGGACUCAUGGGAACAUUUUCGGCUGUCCAACUGUUCUAAGAUUUCCAUAAAUGUCAUUAUAAUUCAUUAUAAAAGUUUCAGUAAAUGGGGUAAAUAUUAUUUUAUUAGUACCGUAAAAUGUUUCCCGUCUACUGUAAUUGAGUGAAGCAGCUCGUCCAAUGCACUUCCAUGUAAAUCAGUCUGGUUUUUUUUCUUGACCUUGAUUUGAAAUGAUGAGCAUUAGAAUUAACUGAUGGUCAGUAGUAAUAACACAGUACAUACAGUAAAUCACCAUUGACGAUUAUAUAGAUGGUGAUCUAAAUAGAUAAAGCUAUAGAUGGCGGCUUAGAGUUUAGGUUUAACAUGCUGUACACUACCACCCUUUAAUGUAUUCAGCAAAAAAAAUUUUAAUCAGUGUGUCUGAGGCCUUUUUCUGUCCACAUUUUCUCUAGAAAUGUUGUGCUGUCAAUGAGACUGUUUCAUUAAGAGUGACUCAUGCACUGAGAGUCCUUGUCUAUUGUUAACACAAGUGUCUCUCUGAGAGACAUCUCAAUUAAGCAGCGUACACUAGAACACCAGACUUACCAUGAUUACACAAGUACAGACUCAGGCAUAAAAAAAGUGGAUUAAAAACUAACAGUCACGACUUUCAUAACUCAGUAAUAUUGUCUAGUGCUAGAGUUACAAAAGGGAAAACCUUUCUGAGCUAUCAUUUGUUAUACAUGCUUUUAUAACAGUUUGUCUCUCCCACAAUGCCAUGCUGACUUAUUUAUUUUUGCUACAGAAAUGCUUUUUCAGGUAGUACCCCAAAUGUACUGCACAUUCUUUUCUAUCCAAUAAAAAAAUACAAUACAUUA